GUGUUAGUGGAAGAACAGGAAGUUCCGGGCAGGCGCGCACCAUUCUUCAUUAUAAAGAAAGCGCCAGAACGGUGCGGUCAAGAAGAUAACCUUCGUGUCCGUUUCUAUUGAUUACUACAGGCCGACUCAGAUUAAGUCUGAGGGCGGUAACAUCAACAGUGAGGACAAACCCAGCCUGCCUCUCUCCUUCCACACGGAGUCCAAGCAUACAGUCACUGGGUCCUGAUUGUGACAGCGAGGCCCAGUUUGCACAGCAGGAUCCAGAGAUGGCAUCAGUGAAGCUGGAGGACUGCAGUCAAACACUGGAACUGAAUGCCAACAUUAAAGAUGAAGAAGAGGAGGAGAAGAUUGGGAAAUCUGUUUCUCAUGUGAGUCCAAACCUACAGUCACCGGGUCCUGCUUGUGACAGUGGAGACCAGUUUGCACUGCAGGAUCCAGAGAUGGCAUCAGUGAAGCUGGAAGACUGCAGUCAAACACUGGAGCUGAAUGCCAACAUUAAAGAUGAAGAAGAGGAGGAAAAGAUUGGGACAUCUGUUUCUCAUGGAUACCAUGUUGAGACAAUCUCUACAUCCAGAGAGCAACUGCAGGAAGAUCACAGAGCUAAGAGGUCUCACCACUGCCCACAUUGUGAGGAGAUUUUCCCAAUUCUAUCAAAGCUGAAAAUACACCUAAAAAUACAUACAGGAGAGAAUUUGUAUUUCUGCACUGACUGUGGGAAGAAUUUCACAACAUCAAGGGCUAUGACAGUUCAUCAGAGAGUACACACAGGAGAGAAGCCUUACUCCUGCUCUGACUGUAGGAAGAGUUUCUCUCAAUCGAGCCACCUAAAACAACAUGAACAUAUACACACAGGAGAGAAGCCUUACACCUGCUCUGUCUGUGGAAAUAGUUUCUCUGUACGAGGACAUCUAAAACAACAUGAACGUAUACACACAGGAGAGAAGCCUUACUCCUGCUCUGACUGUUGGAAGAGUUUCUCUCACUCAAGCCACCUAAAACAACAUCAACGUAUACACACAGGAGAGAAGCCUUACUCCUGCUCUGACUGUGGAAAAUGCUUCACACAAUCGUCUCAGCUAAAAGUUCACCAGAGAACACACACAGGAGAGAAGCCUUACUCCUGCUCUGACUGUGGAAAUAGUUUCUCUCACCUGGGCCACUUUAAAACACACAAACGUAUACAUACAGGAGAGAAGCCAUACUCCUGCUCUGACUGUGGAAAAUGCUUCACAACAUCAACUGAGCUAAAAGUUCAUCAGAGAACACACACAGGAGAGAAGCCUUGCUCCUGCUCUGACUGUGGAAAAUGCUUCACAACAUCAACUGAGCUAAAAGUUCAUCAGAGAACACACACAGGAGAGAAGCCUUACUUCUGCUCUGACUGUAGGGCGAGUUUCUCUCAAUCGAGCCACCUAAAACGACAUGAACGUAUACACACAGGAGAGAAGCCUUACUACUGCUCUGACUGUGGAAAAUGUUUUAAAUCAUCAGCUGAGCUAAACGGUCAUCAGAGAACACACACAGGAGAGAAGCCUUUCUUCUGCUCUCACUGUGGCAAGAGCUUCUCCCGAUUGGGCAAUGUAAAAAUACACCAACGUCUACACACUUGAGAGAAGACUUAUCAGUUCUCUCAGACCAGCUGAGAUUAGUCACUCCACUUAAUUCUCAUCUCAUAAAAUAAUUGGCAAUGUUGAAUUGGAUCAAAUGAACAAAGUGUAGAACACUCUAUUGUAAUCCUAUUGUUUCUCACUCUGAGAGAACUGUGCAGAGGAAAGGGAGCGUCAUAGAAUGUUAGCCUCUCUUUACUGAUCAGUGUACAUCUUGUCAGUUUUGCUGUGUUUUUUUAGCCUGCGUCCAUAGACACAUACCAGCUCUACUGGUACUACCAGCAGUACUGCACCUGUCGACGGCACAAGCUGUUCUGCUUCCACGAGCACAUCCAAUGCUAAUUCUACGUUUGUUGUUAGCCCAGCUAGCAUGGACACUGACAGUUGUGAUUCUGAUGCAGCCGAAGAGCUACUGCCCCUUUACCCGGGAAAGCACCGAGCAACAGACGGAUGUUGGACCAUCGAAGAGGUGCAAAUAUGGUGAGAACUACAUUGAUUUGGGGUUCACUUAUAUUGGGAAUAGUGCCUUUCCUCAGCCACAGUGUGUUUAUAUCUCACAACUCGAUGAAACCUUCACUCUUGCGCAGACAUUUAGAAACAAAACAUGCCAAUUUGAAAAAUAAACCACAGGAGUUUUUUGAGCGAGAGUUGAGACUACUUUCGAGUAGUAAGACAUGUAUAAAAGCAGCAGAUACCAUUAAUAAGAAGGGGCUAGAAGCGUCUUAUAUGGUGAGCUACCGAGUGGCUAGGACAGGCAAGUUCCAUACUAUUGUGGAGUACUUAAUUUUUCCUGCUUCUGCAGAUAUGGCUGGGACAAUGCUGGGGGAAACUGCCCCAAAAAGUAUACCAUUUCAUGACGCAUUAGUGACAUGGCAGAUGUUUUGAAACAGUUACUGCUUCGCAUACAAGCCAAUGAAUUCAGCUGGAUGAGUCAACAGACGUGGCGGGCCUGGCACAGCUCCUGGUAUAUGUCUGUUAAAAUUUUUGGCGGGUCAAUUAAGGAAGACAUCCUCUUCUGCAAACCACUGGAAACCAGAACAACAGGAUAUCUUUAAAAAGUACUGGACAGCUUUGUGACAUCAAAUGGACAUUGGUGGUCAAGAUGUGUUGGUAUCUGUACUGAUGGCGCGAAAGCCAUGACAGGAAGACAUAGUGGAGUGGUAACGCGCGUGCAAGCAGUUGCUCCCGACACUACUUGGGUACACUGCAGCAUCCACUGAGAGGGGAUGGGAAUGCCUGACAGCUUGAAAGACGUUUUGGGCACUACAGUGAAAAUUGUGAACUUUGUUAACAUGGACAACACACAGGUCUUUUCAUCAUUGUAUGAUUUUUUUGUGAGCAAAUGAACUCAAGCUUACGGACAAUGUCAAAUGUGAUCUAGCGAAGCACCUGAGUGAGUUUGGUGUGAAAAUACGCAGGUACUUUCCUGAAACGGAUGACACAAACUAGAGUUGUUAUCCCUUUCAUGCCCUGCCUCCAGUCCACUUACCGAUAUCUGAACAAGAGAGCCUCAUCAAAAUUGCAACAAGCAGUUCUGUGAAAAUGUAAUUUAAUCAGAAGCUACUGACAGAUUUCUGGAUUGGCCUGCGCUCAGAGUUUCCUGCCUUGGCAAAUCGCGCUGUUAAGACACUGAUGCCCUUUGCAACCACAUACCUAUGGGAGAGUGGAUUCUCGGCCCUCACUAGCAUGAAAACUACAUACAGGCACAGACUGUGUGUGGAAAAGGAUUUAAGACCGACUCUCUCCAAUAAAACCCAACAUUGCAGAGUUAUGUGCAUCCUUUCAAGCCCACCCUUCUCAUUAACCUGUGGUGAGUUAUUCACAAUUUUCAAUGAGCAAGUAAGGUUUUAUAUGUAAAAUGGCUAAAUAAAGAGCCAAAUUGAUUAUUAUUAUUUGUGCCCUGGUCCUAUAAGAGCUUUUUGUCACAACCAGGCUCGUGGGAAGUGACAAACUCACACUCAUUCUUAUGUUUAAUAAAUGUAUCGUAUAGUGUGUGUGUGUGUGACAGGCUUACAAUAUUUGAGAGCACGCUGACCCUGUUGCUAGAGGGUGUACGCAGCUUGAGGUUGAAUGUUUGAAGGGUUACGGAACUGUAAACAUUUUGGGAACCGCUGGUCUAGAUAAUCACAGUUCCUGCCCUGUCAUGCUGAUGGGAAGACUAGGGUAUGGAGGACCAUGAGUGCAUGCAUCCAUGCUGUAUGUCAGCAUUGCAGGCUGGUGGUGAUGGUGUGGGUUGUGUUUUCAUGGAACACAUUGGGCCCCUUGAUAAAAGUGGAGCAACGUUUUAAUGCCACAGGAUGUCUAAACAUCAUUGCCAAUCAGGUGCAUCCCUUUAUGGCAGCAGUUUAUCCAGCUGCAAAUUUAUGUUUUCAGCAGGAUUAUGCCCCAUGCCACAAGGCUUGUCCAGGAAUGGUUCCAUGAGAACCAUGACAGGGAGAUCAGUUUACUGCAGUGGCCUGCCAAGUCACCAGAUCUCAAUCCAAUUGUGCAUCUGUGGGAGGAGAUGGAACGAGCUAUUCGGAGUAGAGAUCCACUCCCAGCCAACCCGACACAACUGUGGGAAGCAUUGGAGUCAUCAUGGCCCAGCAUCCCUGUGGGUUUCUUUCCACACCAGGUGGAGUCCAUGGCCUGACGAAUUGAGGCUGUUCUGAGGACAAAGGGGAUUGCGACUCAAUAUUAAGAUGGUGUUCCUAGUGUUUUGUACACUCAGUGCCAAAGAAAAUUAUUCAGACCCCUGGACUUUUCCCACAUUUUGUUACAAAAAUUCCUCAAUCUACACACAAAGCCCACACUGACAAAUUUAAAACAGUUUUAGAUUUUUGGGGGGCAAAUAAUAAAUAAGUAUUCAUACCGUUUACUAUGGAGACUCAAUUGUUCUCAGGUGCAUCCUGUUUCCAUUAAGUAUCCUUGUGAUGGUUCAACAACUUGAUUGGAGUCCACUUGGUAAAUUCAAUUCAAACAGGCACACACCAGUCUAUAUAAGGUCCCACAGUUGACAGUGCAUGUCAGAGCAUAGUGAAGCAUGGUGGUGACAGCAUCAUGCUGUGGGUAUGUUUUUCAACAGCAGGGACUGGGAGACUAGUCAGGAUCGAGGGAAAAGUUGAACGGAGCAAAGUACAGAGAGAUCCUUGAUGAAAACCUGCUCCACAGUUCUCAGGACCUCACACUGAUCCACUUUCCAACAGGACAACGACCCUAAGCACACAGCUAAGACAAUGUUUGCAAAAAAAAACUGUUUUUACGUUGUAAUUUUGGGGUGUUUUGUGUAGAUUGAUGAGGGGAAAACGAUUUAAUACAUUUUAUAUUAAUGCUGUAACGUAACAAAAUGUGGAAAAAGUCAAGGGGGUUGAAUACUUUUUGAAUGCACUGUAUCAGAUCAGUUUUCAGCAUUAGUUUCGGUGGAUUAUUUUUACAUUACCAAACACGUUUUGUUUAAUGAUAGACAGGCUAUGAAUUGACUAGUGUUUAUUAAAUUGUCUUUUAAUGCUAGAUUCAUUGUUUUAGUCAUUGAUGAAUUUAAUUUAAUAACUGUUGAAGUUAAUUGAUAUGUUUGUACAUUAAUUUGUUCUGGGCAACAUCUUCUCUUAUGUAUAGUUUUAAAUUAAACAAACUGUUUUAAAUGAUAUGGUGUCUAUAUAUGAACCAAAUUUGAUCACAUUCUCAUAAACAAAUGGCCUACACUGUGUAUAUACAAUUGUUGACAUCUGAUGGUCAUUCUUAUGGUGGGUCGGAAAAUGCAGGAUCCUUCCUAGUUGAACCCACCAGAGGGGGACUGUCAUGACGGUCCUGUGAGGAUCAGGUUACAGUGGAUCACGGUUCUACAGAGAGAUCUCUCCCUCCCGAAGACGGGGAGAAGUAUAGAGGGAUUGAUGGGGGGGUUUAUGACCUCACGCCCAUCGUAAGGCAACAGCCCAACUCCAUUCUGUUCUCUAAUGUGUGAGACUGGAAUGUCUGUGUGCAUUAGGAAGAGUUUACAGCCCAAAACUAAACAACAUCAAAUAAAUGGACUUUGGGACAUGUAUAUUUGAUCAGCCAAAUGGUGGAAACAAUGAUGGAUGGAAUAUGAAAAUGAAUGUCUAUUCUAUGAUGUUAUUAGAAGUUAGUUGAGGAUGUUAUAACGAGAACAUUAACUUGUGGAGUUUUCAUAAUGUAUAUGUGAUGUUGACAUACUUUGUGUAGAAAAUAUGCAGAUUAAAGAGAAUAUUUUGGUGAUAA